UACUUUGAAAAAAAGGGCAUACGAUAUUAGUUCGUAGCAGAAAUUCCGGGUGGGCAGACAGACCCGAACAGACUCCAGACAAAUUCAACACCGUGGAAACACCGAUUAAGGAAUACCCUUGCAACCAAUAAAAUUGGGAUUCAGCCGAGAACGAUGCCGCAACUGUUGCAGAUGACCCGUCACGUGACCUCCUGGCUGGGCUGGACACCGACGCCCCCAAGCGAGGUCGAGGAAGAGGAGGAGCCGCCGCAGGAGUCGUCCGGCAUUGUCACCGUACUGGUGCUCUACCUGGGCAUGGCCGCCCUUUUUGCGGCCCUGAAUCUCUGCACCACAACCACCGACGACCAGGUGCGGGCCCGGGCCCGGCCCAAACGGCAACUGGUGGCCAUGGAGCGCCAGCAGUUGCAGCGUCUGCAGCGGCGGGGCAGGACAACGGACUUGACUACGCCGACGGCCCUGCCAUCGCUGACUCGCGAUGUGGCUGCACCAAGGCAGCCUGCCGUUCUACUGCAAAAGCAGCGAUUGCGGAUGCGUUUGCUCCAGCAGAAGGAGCCGGAGCUGCUGGAUUCCCAGGCUUGGCACGAUGCUGUGGAUGUGGAUGAGGAGGAGGAGGAGCUGGCGCAGGGCUGCUCCAGCCGCCUUGCCCCAAAGAGCCAGAAGUCCACUUUCUUUGACCUCCCCUCAGACUCUGAAUAACCCAAUCCAGCCGAGGAACUAUUCCAAAUCAUAUCGUUAACUCUCAACCUGAGGCAUGAGUUCAAAAUUAUACAAGUUCCCACAAAUUGGUUGUGUUUGUUGACUGAUUUCCUCCCCUUUCGGUUGCGUCACCAGCACUUGCAACACACCAGCUAUUGCAUUCGGGCCAAAAAGUGGCCAUAAAUGGCCAGGAAUGAAUGCCACUGAUCGAGACGAGAAACUAGAAAUCCAAA